GUUAAUACUGCCACUACUCACCGUGGUAUUUGGAACUAAAUGCUGCCCCAUCAACCAAUUUAUCGACUUUAUUCAUCUCGACCCCCCCGUGCUUUCUUCUCUUCUUCCAAUACACAAUACAAUCGAAAUCACAACCUCACAACAUUCACUCGAUUGGCGUCUUUUGGGUAAAAAGAAUACACAUUUUGAAUCGAUACUUGGAACUCAUCUAAACAUUAUACGAAACCGCAAAAUCAGCCACUUUUAAGAUGUCUGUCGUCUCACUUCUCGGUGUCAAUGUCCUCAACAAUCCAGCCAAAUUUGGGGAUCCUUAUGAGUUCGAGAUCACCUUUGAGUGUCUCGAGGCAUUGCAAAAGGAUCUCGAAUGGAAAUUGACCUAUGUUGGUUCCGCCACGUCCGAUGAACAUGACCAAGAACUCGAUUCUCUCCUUGUCGGUCCUAUCCCAGUCGGCACAAACAAAUUCCUCUUCCAGGCAGAUGCCCCAGACACCAAGCGAAUCCCAGACGCAGAAAUCCUCGGUGUUACUGUCAUUCUUCUCACUUGCGCCUACGAUGGUAGAGAAUUUGUUAGAGUUGGCUAUUAUGUUAACAACGAAUAUGAUUCUGAGGAAUUGAACGCCGAUCCCCCCGCCAAGCCACUCCUAGAUCGAGUCAAGAGAAAUGUUCUUGCUGAGAAACCCCGUGUCACUAGAUUUGCUAUCAAGUGGGACUCUGAUGCAUCUGCCCCUGCUGAAUUCCCACCUGAACAACCUGAGGCAGAUUUGGUCGCUGAUGGAGAAGAGUAUGGCGCCGAAGAAGCUGGAGAGGAUGAGGACGAGGAAGUUGAGGGAGAGGAAAGUGGUGCAGUUGACCCAGAUGCAAUGGAACAAGAUUCAGAGAUGGCUGGCGCAGAAGCCGAGGGAGCUGCUGCUGAAGAAACUGGUGAUGAGAGUGAAGAUCUUGAGGCUGAGAGCAGUGGAGAAUCCGAUGAGGAAGGCGAGGAAGAAGAGGGUGCUGGAGAUGAUGACAUGGAGAUGGAUGGUGUUGAGAAGCCAAUCUCCGAUAAAACUGGUGGUGUUACACAUCAAGUUGAUGUUGUCAUGGCCGCCUAAUUUCAAUACCCCAUACCCAAUACAUAGUUUUUGAUUUUAGAAUUCAUUGAGCGCGUUACGAUAGGUUAUGACUGGGAGGAAAGCAAAUAUCAAGAUAGUUACAUGAUGAAUACAAAGAGUCAAUAAUGAUACUCUAAAUAGGAAUAUCAAAUAGACUUUCGAAUGCUUUUAGUGUAGCAUAACAGUUAUGAACAUAUUUUCAUCUGACCUCAGGGUCCUUUUCUUGCGUUGAAACAUUAUAUGCAAUAAUGUUAUGCUUAUCUCAUCUCUCCAUGCUGACGAAUUGGAUUAUCGACAGUACUUGUCGCAUAUUCAUGAAAAGGCCGGCCGCACUACAAAAAUGGACUUGAGAAUAUCUCUUAGAAUAUUGAUUUGUAUACCUCAGGAAUUAUAACAAUGAUUCAUUAGUAAUUGAACAAUAAAGAGACAAAUUCUGAUAUCACA